AUCACAAGAUAAUGUUGAUCCUUAUAUAUCCGUUUAUACACCUCCCAGUCCAUAUUUAAGCGGUAAUGGAUCAUUGUUACGCUGGAUUGGAUUUAUUCCCACAUCAAUAAUAUUGUUUUUAUUUAAAUCUAUUUUCAACCAGUUUAACGAUUCAAAUAUUCCUUGGGUUGCUUUAAGUGUUUGGGGCUUUAAAGACUCACCAAUAUCGUGGAAUAAGCAAGAACAUGGUCAUUUAAUGAGUGGUGAAAAUAAUUAUAGUUUUUUAAUAUGGCCUGAUGGUACUUACGUUUUAUAUCAAGCGCUUGGAGCCUAUGAUAACUAUUCGUAA